AUGCUUUUUACUGUGUUUCUAGUUCUUACAUGUGCUCAUGUUGUUUUUCUGGAAGAGUAUGUGAUUCCUGAUAACAUCGAUAUUGAUGAUAUUCUCAGUAACGAACGUUUGCUGAAAAAUUAUGUAAAUUGCCUAUUGGAUAAAGGAAGAUGUACGCCAGAAGGGAAAAAGCUUAAAAGUACAAUACCAGAGGCUCUUAGUACAGAUUGUGCAAAAUGUAACGAAAAAGUGAAAGCAAAUGUCAGAAAGGUUUUGCACCACCUUAUAGAUAAUAAACCUGAUAUGUGGAAGCAGUUAGAAGCUAAAUAUGAUCCUUCUGGAGAAUACAGAUCCAAAUACAAAGAUGAACUAGAGAAAAAUGGGAUUCAUGUCUAA